AUGAGCAUGAGUCUGGUGUUUGCUAGGAACAAAAACUGUAUCGAUGUUAUAGUUGGGGUCGUCGACUCUGAUUGGGCUGAUGACGAUAUAGACAGGAGAUUUACUGUUUACUUGGAAGUAUAUGGAUGUCAGAUGAAUGUAAAUGAUGCUGAAAUAAUUUCAGGAAUUUUAAGAGAACAUAACUAUAAUCUGAGUAAUGCUAUAGUAGAUGCUGAUAUUGUUUUGCUAGUCACAUGUGCUAUACGAGAUGGAGCAGAACAAAAAGUAUGGAAUAAACUGCAGAUACUUAAAUCUCUUAAAAAAAAACGGUUUAUUUCCAAAAUCGGUCUCUUAGGAUGCAUGGCUGAGCGAUUGAAGCACAAAAUAGUUGAAGAAGAAAAAAUGAUUGACGUAAUAGCUGGUCCAGACAGUUACAAAGAUUUGCCGAGACUGCUAGCAUUGGAUAGUUCUCACGAAACUGCUAUUAAUGUUGCAUUAUCAUUUGAUGAGACUUACGCGGAUGUCACACCUAUUAGAUUUAAUAAAAAUUCAAAGACUGCUUACGUGUAA